AUGUCAGGUAACGAUCAGAGUUCUACUGUGCAAAAUUUUUCUAUCGAAAAAGAAGUUGUUUCUGAUAACAAAAGUCAAGAAAGAAAAGGUUUAUCUAAUGAAUUAAUUGCACAACUUAUUUCAGAACAAGUUAAGCAAAACAAGUUGAUUCGUGAACUCGCUAAUCAAAAUAAUGCAUUACGUGUUAAGUUAGAUGAGGUCAAUAAGAAGACUGAAGGUAAGAGUGCUGCUGAAGAUUAUGGUCAUAACAAAAGAUUAAGUGAUCAACAAUUAAAAGAGAAAUUUGCUGCUGAAGUUAAGGAUUACUAUGAUGGUAAGACUAACGACCCCAAAACAGAUUUUAAAGCUUGGAAAGAUUCUGUUGAUAUAUUUUAUCAAAUCUAUUCCGAGUCUAUUCCUGAUGAUAGUUUUAUGUUACAAUUGAUUAAAUUACGUUUGAAGGGGGCAGCAAAAGCGUGGUACGAGAACGAAGAACACACUUUUACAACAUUGAAACAUGCAAUUCAUGGUAUUGAGAAAAGGUUUGGUUCAAAUAACCCUUUCUGGGAAUUUAUUGAUAAAUGUAGAAAUUACAACCCAGAAGGUAAGUCCAUGAAGAAAAUUGGUGAUGAUUUUCAAGAGUUAGUAGAUGUAGCUCCUGAAUUCAUCUCAGAACAGUUUUUGGCGGGUGAAUUUUAUCGUCGAAUCCCAAUUGGAUUAACCGGGUAUAUUUUGAAUAAUAGACCUCCAGAAACUACAACGUGGACACAAUUAUUGGACAUGGCUUGUAAUUAUGAAAAUACUUUCAAGCAAGCUCAACCAAACAGGACCAAGUUGAAUUUUAAAAUUUCCAAAUCCUAUAAAGGGAUGGAGAAAAGGAAGCCUGUCAAAUGUUUCAAGUGUAACAAAAUGAGUCAUUUGGCUCACCAAUGUAAGUACUCAAUUAAUAAUACAUCGAAAAACUAG